AUGCAAGUCGAGGAUGUCCUGCUAAUCGAACAAUCAGGAUUGUCUGCUAUCGAACAAUCGAACAGAAAGAUGAUCGCCGUAAGUCGAAAAUCGAACAGUAGACGUCGUCCUGAAGUCGAACAAGUAGACGAUCGUCCUGCAAGUCGAACAAGAUGGAGGAUCGUCCUGCAAGUCGAACAAGUGGCAGUCGUCAUCCAAGGAUCGCAGCAAUUCGAACAAGUGGAGGAUCGUACAGCAAUUCGAACAAGUGAGGAUCGUCCUGCAAGUCGAACAAGAUCAUCUGCAAGUCGAACAAUCGAACAAGUGGGAGAUCGUCCUGAAGUCGAACAACAAUGGGAUCGUCCUGCAAGUGCAACAAGUGGAGGAUCGUCCGCAAGUCGAACAAGUGGAGGAUGUCCUGCAAGUCGAACAAGUGAGAUCGUCCUGCGAACAAUGGAGAUCGUCCUGCAAGUCAAACAAGUGGAGGAUCGUAACAGCAAUUCGAACAAUGGCAAGGAAUCGUGCAAAUCGACAAUCGAGGAUCGAUCGUCCUGCAAUUCGAACAGUCGAGGACCGUCCUGCAAAUCGAACAAUCAGAACAAUGCCGAGGAUCUCCAACCAAGUCGAACAAAUCGGGGAAUGCUCUUUAGGCCACGCCGGAGGGUAGCGUUUAAAACGCUAGGGGACGGUGACCCCGAAAAGAAACCCACGAUGGAAGGCCCUCAGGAUCAACCGUUACGCACCGGCAGCCGGGUGGGCAAGCAGCCCCCGGCGGUCGUCAACCAGCGACUGCAAAUCUCAGCGACCGUGCAGGUUUUAACCCCUUUUCUGGAAAGUCAAAACUGCGGAGAUCGCCUCCAAGUACCCCAACCACUCCAGGAUACCUACCGACCAGCGGAAGCGAAAUCAAGCACGGCUGCGACGAGAUGGCGCGGCAAAUCCGCCGCCAAGGACUUACACACGGAACUUGAUGCUGCAGGUUGGGGGAGAGAGAGGAUGUUGGAUGUGUACUUAUCUGAGGAUUGUCCUGCUAAUCUGAACAAUCGAACAAGUAGAGGAUCGUCCGCAAGUCGAACAAUCGAACAAUCGAACAAUCGAACAAGUGAGAUCGUCCUGCAAGUCGAACAAUCGAACAAUCGAACAAGUGGAUGGAUCGUCUGCAAGUCGAACAAGUGGAGAUCGUCAUGCAAGUCGAACAAUCGAACAAUCGAACAAGUGCGAGAUCGUCACACGUCGAACAAGAACAAAUCGAGGACCGUCCUGCAAUCGACAAAUCGAACAAGGCCGAGGAUCGUCGCAACAAAUGUGAGUGUUGAUUUUUCGCUGAACGCCUUCCCGCACACGUUGCAACUGUGCGGGCGUUCUCCCGUGUUGACUUUUUUGCUGAAUGCUUUACCGCACACGCUGCAGCUGUGCGGGCGUUCUCCCGUGUGCUGUUUUUGGCUGAAUGCUUUACUGCACACGCUGCAACUGUGCAGGCGUUCUCCCGUGCUUGAUUUAUGGCUGAAUUCCUUACCGCACACGCUGCAACUGUGCGGGCGUUCUCCCGUGUGCCGUUUUUGGCUGAAUGUUUUACUGCACACGCUGCAACUGUGUGGGCGUUCUCCCAUGUGCUGUUUUUGGCUGAAUGCUUUACUGCACACGCUGCAACUGUGCGGGCGCUCUCCCGUGUGCGUUGAGUUUUUUGCUGAAUGCUUUACCGCACACGCUGCAGCUGUGCGGGCGUUCUCCAGUGUGAAUGCGCAUAUGAGAUGCGAGUGUUGA